CGACUGCGCUUCCUGCCACCCAAUUCGAUGAGCUUUUCCCUUGUCUUUUGUUGUCCCCAGUGUUUGCCUCCUUUGGUGACUUUUCCAGGACUCCACUUCCACCCAUUCGAUCCUCUGCGGGCCAUCUGACGGCGGUACCAGUGUAAGUUACGAUGGCGACGGCGGUCCCCAUUGGAGGAGUGGGCGGGGUGGGAAACGUUGGAACAACAAACGCAAGGCCUCGAGUCACAAUUUCUUUCCGCUUCACUUAGCACUCUUCGCCCUUUGGCAAUGUCCGUCAUAUAGACCUUGGAUUUCCUUUCCCUGUUCCUGUCUUCUCUUCAUUUCCUCGAGUCCUUUUCUUUUGACCACUCUACGGCUCGAAAGCGAUCCCGUACUGACCGCCAUUGAAAAUUGUCACUGAGACGAACCUACCCCUCCAUUCAACCUUGACAGUGUCUUUCACCGCAUCGACAACUCAGCAGAAUGCCUGCCCAACCCAAGGUUCACUUGGUCCGCCACGCACAAGGCUUCCACAAUCUCGGCUCCGAAUUCCAUUCCCUGCCUGACCCGCGCCUCACUCCUCUGGGAGAGUCGCAAUGCGCCAAUCUCCAAGAACAGCACUGGCCCCCCGAGCGCCAGCAAUCACUCUCACUGAUCACCGCCUCGCCUUUGACGAGAACCCUGCACACGGCUUUGCUCACGUUCCUGCCGGCUUUGAAGUCGGACGCGAAGUGCAAGCCUUCCAUCUUCGCAAUUCCCGACGCGCAAGAAACAUCCGACUAUCCCUGUGACACGGGUUCCGACGUCGAUGUCCUACGAAGCUUCUGCGCCGAGCAGAACUGGCCUGUCGAUCUUUCCCUCGUCACGGAAUCGUGGAACAUUAAAACAUUAGACAACCGCUACUCUCCCGCAAGUCAGGCUAUUAAAACCCGCGCUAGAGAUUGCCGACGUCUGCUCCGCCAAAAGGCGCGCGAGCUGGCAGAGAGUGGAGACGAAAACGUCGAGAUUGUCCUCGUAACCCACGGCGGAUAUCUUCACUAUCUCACGGACGACUGGGAAGACGCAACCAAGUUGUCCGGCACUGGGUGGGAGAACACCGAAUACCGCACGUACCACUUCGAGCACUCCUUCGAUUCGGACUCGGACGAGGAAGCAUUCCUGAUGGAGACAAUGGAGAGCCGGAAACGGAGGGGCCUAGAACACCCGACGUUGGACCACGGCAAGCAACAGGAACUAUUCCAGAGAAUGAUGCAAGGAUGGGAGGACCAAGGCCUGCAGAACCCGAGCAAAUUGUCCACCACCGCCGCCGUCGACGACGAGAUCAUCGAGGAGCAGGAGAAGUCUGGACAAGACCCUGCGGACGCAGAGAGGCAUGUCACAAUGGCCGCCGACGAGGUCCAGCCCCAGCCUGCCAGCGUGCAGGUGAUGGCCUAAGGGUUCGGCUAUAACCUAUUAGGGAUCAUUGUGGCAGAGCGGAACUAAUGAGCAACAAUCCGGGCCUGUUUCCCUAUAUUCACUGCACAAGAUGCCUGGGAUCGGACCUUCGGGCGACGCACGCCGCCAAAAAAAGGGGGAGAGAAGCAAAAAACCGGCCCUGGUUCUCUCCCGCGACACCAAUUUGUUUUUCUUUGAGUUCUACACCCUCGCCCGCUUCUGCUGGUGUAUUACCCCGGGCUCAUGACCUAGAUUGCAUAGAGUACAGGAAAAAGGGGAAUUGGAUAGCUGGCGCUACUCGCGCUGGCUUGCGCGCACGGCGACGCGACUGGGGAACUGAUUCAUUAGAGCGGACGUAAAGCCAUAAACAUAGAGCUCGUUAGACGUUGAAAGGAAUAGACUCACACCAACAAGCGACCAGGCACGGCUCAUAGGAGAGGAAGGCUGUAGACUUCAAGUUCAAUCAUGCCCUCCCCCCUUUUUUGUUUAAAAAAAUACAUAUCAUCGUAAAAGUCAACGGGUCUCGAUAAACAUUAUCAAGAUCCAAAUCAUCUAUUGCUGGCUCG